AUGCAGACUAUACAAGAAAAAGUUUGGAUUGUUUUGCGACUCCAAUUCUACGCGAUCUACCUCUUAAUUCAACAUAUAUAUCAAAAAAUUAAAGAGGCUUUUCGAGCAGCCGCUGGCACAGCCGAUAUUCCUGAUGGUAACGUACGGAUGCUCUCGAUUAUCUGGCGCUAUAAGCUUGAUGCAGAGGAAAUCGCAAGGAGAACAGAUUUUGUGCUAGCCGGCGGACAUUUUGAAAGCAUUGAAUUGCUUAAUAAUUCACAUUGGACUAUCUACACUAUUGAAAGAGAUUAUGUACUCUUUGUUCUGUUGCCUGAGCCUAUUUAUAGUUACAAUAUCAGCGAAUAUCCGUUCAUCUUCGUCCCAUUGUUUGAAAAAGCACUAGCUGUAGCAGAAGUGAAGCGCAGCGAUUUCUUGAAUUUUGCUGAGAAAUUGGAAAAACAGCCUCAACCGAAAACCAUAUUGUUCACAAACACAGCUCGAUGUGGCAGCACAUUGUUGGGAAAGAUGCUGCACAGACCAGGAGUGAGUGUUUGCUACGCUGAGCACCCCGCACUCACAAAUCUUACCAUAGCCCUUGGAGAAGAAUUUAUGAGCGAAACUGAAAUUCGACAACUGCUCCACGCAGCCAUAACUUGUCUACGAUCUCAUCUUCCGACUGGUGUUUUGUGUGUACUGAAGACGCAGUCGUUUGAAGCAAGACUUGUGCCACUGUGCGAAGGAAUCUCAAAUCUCAAGCAUAUCUUUAUGUUUAGAAAGAAGGGUCUCCUGUCUGUUGAGAAAGUGAUGCGGCGAGAGGACUUUUUGAACACCAUUCUGACAGACAUGUACAAUUACUCUCCAGCUGUGACUAGAUGGUUCAGCUGGCUGACUGCUGGUGAGGGUAAAUGGAACAGAAUACUUCAUCCCCAUGACAGAAGGGCUGCAGCGGCUAUAGUUUACGCAGCACCAUAUUCAUGUUACGAGCAGAACAAAAAAAUGUACUGUCAUCCUAUCGUAUGGUUCCAUGAACUCAUGAAGGACACCGAAAAUGUGUUGACUUCGCUGUUCACAGAGAUAGAAUUUCCGCUAUCUUGUGUUCGCGAUGCGAUAGAAUGUAAAAAUAAUGACUCUCAACAAGGAACAUUCCUCUCAUCGCAGAAGUUAACGCAUAUCAAGUUUGCUCCAAUAUCAGCCGCUGAUAAAGCAAUGUUCAAGGAUUAUGCAGAGAAAAUGAAUAUCCCUGAAGACGUGUUCGAAGUGGAGCAGUAA